CUUUCGAACAUGUGCAGAGCCACUCUUCGCGUAGAGCUGAUUGAACGUGAUCUUCAACUUCUGCAGCAAGCUGCCUCUGUGCUACCAGCCGAUGAACUUAUCGUCCGUAUGAUUCAUAAACUUGAAUUAAAAGCUUAUAUUAGCCAAUCUCCUUCUGAACCUACCUCCUACCGUGUACAUGCUGCCGAAAUGCUACUGCGAACCUUGCUCGGCAUCGUAUCUAACCGCUAUAGGCCUAGCAUAGGUUACUUUGAUGCUAACCGACUCACUCCUCUUCACUGCCAGCCGAUUUCGGCCGAAACGCCACAACUAUGCUCUUUUAACCAAUCUGCGAUUUCUGACACCGAUAGAUUUACUUCUACUUGGCCUUUGUCAGCAUCAGCUCCAGCACCGGUGCGUUCAUUAUCGUUCCUGGACGAUCUUGGCCUGAAGCCAUUGAUUGAUCCCCAACUUGAAUGCGAAUACGGCCAACUGAUAGAGGAUGUGGUACACACAUUAUGUGUAAGACCGAUGGCCUACAGUGAACUACUGAAUAGCCUGCCGCAACAGCCUACUGAAAGUCCUCUGAUGCAACCCAUCACAGAGGAAGAUGAGCCAGUCACUUCAGCUGUGCGGGUAAGACAGAAAGUAUAA